ACCAGAUACGUGGUGAUGUCAGAAGAGAUAUUGAAGAAGUACCCAGAGCUAGCAAUGGAAGGCCAAGCAACCAUAAAGCAGAGACUGGAGAUUUGCAACAAAGCUGUAACAGACAUGGCCAUUGAAGCUUCACAAGCUGCUAUUAAGAACUGGGGAAGGUCAGUUUCAGAUAUUACCCACUUAGUCUAUGUCUCUUCAAGUGAAGCUCGCCUACCUGGUGGUGAUCUCUUCCUAGCAAGGGGCCUUGGGCUCAGCCCUCACACCCAACGAGUCAUGCUUUACUUCAUGGGUUGCUCUGGAGGUGUAGCAGGCCUUAGAGUCGCCAAAGACUUAGCUGAAAACAACCCAGGAAGCCGGGUCCUCCUUGUCACUUCUGAAACCACCAUUAUUGGCUACAAGCCACCGAGUGCAAAUCGUCCAUACGAUCUGGUAGGCGUGGCAUUAUUUGGGGAUGGUGCAGGGGCGAUGCUAAUUGGCACAGACCCUGUUUUGGGCAUUGAACGGCCACUUUUUGAGCUCCACACAGCAACCCAGAAAUUCAUUCCGGAUACCCAGAACAUAAUCGAUGGGAAACUGUCAGAGGAGGGUAUUAGUUUCACAAUAGCAAGAGAACUUCCUCAGAUAAUCGAAGAUAACAUCGAAAGUUUCUGUGAGACAUUUCUUCAAACACUUGGACUGAAAGAGAAAGAAUACAACAAGAUAUUCUGGGCAGUACAUCCAGGUGGACCAGCAAUACUGAACAGGUUGGAGAAGAGAUUGGAACUGUUACCUGAGAAGCUGACGGCGAGCCGGCGAGCUCUGAUGGACUAUGGAAAUGCGAGCAGUAACACGAUUGUGUACGUACUGGAAUACAUGAUGGAAGAAAGCUUGAAAAUGAAGAUGGGUGGUGGGGAAAUUGAGGAAUGGGGAUUGAUUCUGGCAUUUGGACCUGGGAUUUCGUUUGAAGGGAUUCUGGCGAGGAAUCUUGGCGUCUGAGCAAAUUUCUCGACUCGAUGAUUAUCAACAUGAAAAUUUCGAUUUCUGUUGUAUGUUGUUUUCAGAAAGGUGUUCCUAAUCUUCAUUGAUUCUGGAAUUUGCUUGCAUCAAAAUGAGAAAAUUCGGAGAAAAAUAUAAACUUUUUGAUAAUCCACAGGCUCU